AUGGAAAGUGACAUCCAGUCACUUGUUUGGUAUCUCAAGGAAAGGCUUUCUGAUACCUCAGUGCAACACAGCGCUAACCCUGCGCUGCCGCUGCCGCCGCUUCCUCCACCCUCUCCCUUGCAAGGGAACGCGGCUUCUUUUGGAGCUUUUCCUUCCCGCACUUUCCAAGGCGCGCUGGAUAAACCAGGAGAUCGCAGCCCCUUGGCUAGGGAAUGGGAGAAGAGUCCAGGAGUCAGGGGGAGGCCCUCGGCCAGACCCUUCUUGAGGAGGACGCCCGUGGGGACCCCGAGAGCCUGCAGUGCAAGGUUCAAGUCUCCUGUCCCCUCCUCUCCGACGACCUGUCAGCCCGCCAGUGACGAGGACGCCUUGCAGCGUGAGAUCGAAGAGCUGAAACGCAAAGACCUCGCCCUGGAUCAGGAAAUAGCGCAGCUGACAGCUGAAGGAUACAGCCCGGAGGAAUUAGAAACCCACAUUUCUCUGCUCCAUGAAUACAAUGAGAUAAAAGACGCCGGGCAGAUGCUGUUGGGCAGGCUGGCGGUAAUCCGAGGGGUGACCACCAAGGAGUUGUACCCUGAAUUUGAACUGGACGUUAACGACUAAGUGCGACACUUCAGACCCC